AUGAGCGUGUACGACGUAAUUCACCAAGUGCCGUCGGCGACCACCGGCCUAUGGAUUCCGCUCGACGAGGCGCUUGAGGCCAAGAAGCGGGCGGAUAGUCUCAAGCCUCAACGACCUGCAUAUGCAUUCACUCUAGUAAAUCGGUCCUUCCCAAGCUUGACACCCGACGACGACUACGCCUACAUCCUUCUGCACGACGAGGACUUGCUGGACGCGGUCAAGCGCCUGUUCCCCACUUUGGGAUCACUAUACCAGUCCCGUCCCGGUGUGAGUUCUUUAGGUAGCGAGCGAGUGGUGGAAGUCUCUUUUUACUGAUAGAUUUGAUCGUUCACGACCCACCAGAUUGAUGCUCGAUCGCUGUACGUGCGACGGGACCAGCUCCUUAGUCUCGAGGAAUCGUUGUCACGUGCCGAGGACGGAAGCGAAUCGUCAGUCGGGCAGACUUUGCGAGCUCUGAGAACCUUGCUCGAUCAGCAGUUCAGCCACAUGUAAGAUAUUUCGUCCUCUUUGCUCGCGUUCUACCGCGAGCAUUGCGCUUACUUAUCGCCCUAACCCGUCCUCUGCAGCGCGACCAAACUGGCCUCCUUUCCCGCCGGUACCAUCUCCUGGCGUCUCCUCUGGACACUUUUCAAAGUCGGUCAAGAAAUCGAGUCUGCUCAUGACGUCACCGGAGAAAUGGUCAGUCCCAACCGAUCGAUUCGCUUGUCCGAUGUCCGGUCGCUCACCCAGAUUCAGAUUCCUGCAAUCAGAUCGCCCUGAAGCUGGAUUCGUGGGCCUACGUGCAAGAAUCAAUGGGAAGGUGAGGCAAUGGUGGGGACCUCUGGCGUCCAGAUUCUGACUUCUUUGAUUCUGUGCAGAGUUUUCCAAUUAUCUUGUCACUUUUACCAAUGGGCUGGAACGUGUUACCACAAGAUGCCGGUGACGCGGAGAGUGAAUGAGUUCGACGUCCGUUUCUUCAUCGCGGCUCGGUGGCUUUAUGCCCGCGGGCUCAUUUCGCUAACUCGCCGAAUCAAGUCUGUCAGAAUCUUCGCGCUAUCACGUCGCUCAAGACUCUCCCCUUAUCGAACGCCUCCAAAGCGAUGCUCGCCGGUCAGCCGCUGCAGUCCCCGAUAGUUGUGGGAACUACCGCCAACCUAAAAUCCUCCUUCUCUCCUCCACAGACCGGGGCGAGCUGUACACGAAGGCUCGUCUUUGAGCUUAGAAAUCUUCUCUGCCUGGACUUCAUCUGAUCCACGAUGUCCUCUCUAAUUUUACAGCAUGUUUGCCAAUCACAUGUGGAGUAUAGCGGCUUCUUCUACACCCGUGCAUUCAGUGGAGCGUGAGUGAACCUCCACCGCUCAGCUGGGGUCCCGCGGCUCACACAUCGCACACGCCGCUCACCGUUGCUCCCCGUUCCUCAGAUCUCGGCUCUUGGGCGACGGGCAGGUUGUUAUCGAUGUCAAGAGCUUCCGCCGCGCAAAUCCUGUGCUUGAUCAGUGGGGGUGCGUCCCUUCCACAUAUUCGCGGGUUGUCGAUACCUUUGCCGCCUCAAACUGACUGUGGUAUUUCACACAGGGACGACGUCAACGACCAAGGCGGCCGGACUCAGUAUCAGCCUCGUCCCAGUGGUUCAUCGAUACCUUGCGAAUCGUUUCGCGAAGAGGAUUGCUACCUUUUGCCCCCGACACUUCAUGGCUUCUCUCUCCGAACCAAAGCAAGUGAAGAGGGUUCGAGCUCUGUCAAAUCGGUAGUUCAGAGUCGGGACGCGAGGCAACUGACUUUGCCUCCUCAUUGCAGCGAUGGGGCGAGUUUCUCAUUUCGCGUUUGACCCCGGUCCAGUGGGGCGACGCAAGCUUUUCGCAUCUCGUCAUUCCCGAGUCUUAUCGGCGAAUCAUUCGAGCACUCGUGACCGUGCACGCGAGCAACCUCAAGGAUCAGCUGAUGCAAGACGUAGUGGAAGGAAAAGGGACAGGCUUGAUUAUGGCAUUCCACGGAACGCCUGGUACAGGCAAGGUGAGUUUGACGUCAGCUUUUUGUCAUGGACGACGCUGAAGGACUUUUCAUUCCCUACACUACAGACCCUUGCCGCAGAGGCAAUUGCGGAGCACCUUCGCCGACCACUGUAUGUUGUCGGCGCUGGCGAAAUGGUAUUGACUGCGGCUGGACUCGAAAGGCAGCUCAAAGACACUCUUGAGGUUGGUCUAUAUAGUGCGCAGGGCAUUCGGUCGACCUACAGCGACAAACUAACUUUUCAAAACGGACAGCUUGCCACCUCUUGGAACGCUGUUUUGCUCAUCGAUGAGGUGUGUGUGCGGCAGCUAGAUUGAGUCCACUGAUCGGCCAACUGACGCGAUGCUCUCAGGCGGAUAUUUUCCUCACGAGACGAAGCCCCGGCAACCUGGAGCACAACGCCCUGGUGGGAGUGUUCCUACGGCGUGAGUCUUUCGCGGGGGCUUGGGAUCACUGAUUCACGGGGGCUGACGGUUGGUACUAUCUCGCUGUAACACAGAAUUGGAGUACUUUACUGGCGGUGAGCACCCCACAGGAAAGCUUGGGCUUAGGUCGACUGUCAUUUGCUGAACCGGGUGCCGCCGUCCCUGUACAGUCCUGAUCUUGACCACGAACGUCAUCGAGCAGUCAGUCCUUGUAAUAUGGCCUUUGCCUUCCCCAAACCGCCAUCCUGAUCGUUUCAGUCUCAUCUCCCCAGACUCGACGACGCCUUCAUUUCUCGCUUUGCUGUCGUGCUUCACUUCAAGACCCUCGACUCUGGGUCUCGUCGUAUUCUAUGGGAGCGUGUAAGCUGGUCCUCCGCGGGAGCAUGCGCACCACUUUGCAAGUCACUGACCAAUCACUGAAUUGUCCUGUGCAUACCCCACGCAGUUCUUGGCCAAGGCCGAGGCGAGCCCCAAUGAAUUCAACUUGGACCGCCUGUCGUCGUUUGAGAUGAACGGGCGCGACAUCAAACAUGCCGUGAGGAUGGCACAAGCGGUGGCUUUGGUCGAGAAGGAAAGAUUGUGCACAUCUCAUUUGGAAGAGGUUAUUGCUGUGGCAAAGUCGGGCUUUGAGCCUUUGCGCAACUGA